UCAUGGAUGCUUGUAGUCGCUCCCAGACGGCGCAGCUUGCGCUUCUCGCCGCUGUCGUCUGCUUGUCGUCUGCUCCUCUGCUUGUGCACGGCGGUCUGUGCUGGAGCAUGGUGGGGUCUAGUCGCCGAUGUACGGAACUUUUGAAGUCGUAUGUCAGCCGGGAAGAAUGUUGCGCCGACGGCGGCGCGUCGACGGCGUGGAGUCCCGAAGACCUCUCCUCGGGGGACCUCUUCAAGUGGAGGGCUCUCGGUGGCGGGGUGCCCUGCAAAUUAUGCAAAGAAUCCUGCGUGGGCGUCUCGUGCGGUGCCCACGAGCGAUGCGUUGUGAAGCGUCAACAGCCGCACUGCGUGUGCGCGCCGCGUUGCGGCCCCAAGGGAGGUCGUCGGAGAGACGACGGUCCCGUCUGCGGCACGGAUCAGCGAACCUACAAGAACGCGUGUCGUCUCAUGAAGAAACGAUGCCGGCGCAGAGAUCCUCAGCUAGCCAUUGCCUAUCACAUGCCUUGCCAAAGUUCGUGCGACCGUGUCGUAUGUCCAGGCAAGAAGAGCUGCCUCCUGGACCAGAACCUGGUGCCUCAUUGCGUCCGUUGCAGGGUGCCCUGUCCGGCUGCAGAGCCGAGGCGUUACGUCUGUAGCGUAGACAAUGUCACCUACACGAGUUACUGUCAGUUGAGACAGGCAGCUUGCGCUAAAGGGAGGGCUGUGCCCGCAGCCUACAGGGGAAGAUGCCGAGAUUGGGCGUCCUGUUCCACCGUCCGCUGCCAGCGAGGCAAGCAGUGUGUGACGGAACGGGAGACGGGCCAUCCUCGGUGCGUCACUUGUCCCAGUUCGUGCCGCAGUUGGCCCCAGAUGGAGCCCCUGUGUGGAGGAGACGGAAACACCUACGCCUCCUGGUGCCACUUGAUGCAGGCCGCCUGCAGAACGGGCACCUUCGUCCCACCAGCGCACUCCGGACCGUGUGCCAUAAAUAAUGGUUCGAGUGCGGAAUUCCAACCCCAGGAGCAUCUGAACAUUAUUCCAGUAGCCAACUACGACACGGGAAAGUUACUCGCUGUCCACGCCGCAACGCUGACGUCAUCGGGCACGUCGACGGCGACGACGACGACGUCGUAAGGAGUGGACGAAACCGCCACGAAGCCUCCACACCCGCCAGGGCGGCGCUACUGUCAAAUGUGAACGGAAACCAGCGCCCUCCCACACUUUGAAAGCAACAACGACAACAUUCCUGGUGCGGAAGUGACUGCUCGAUAUAGAGCAAUCUCGUAGGUUAACGAAUAGAAGAAAUGGAAAUACGUGUAUAGCGAAAUAUGUACCGUUUUGCGCCCGACGUGCGGCGGAUACCGAUGCUGUCGUUGUGUAAGGACUUUGUGAGUUUACAAAUACGCUAAUGAGACGUUGCACUCGUUUUUCUUUACUGGUGCGUAAAAAUAGUGACGUCUGUAACGAGAAUUCCAAAAUUUGAUUUACUAGAAUUAAGGUAUAUGCACUGUGCCCGAUUUGUCAAUUUGUUCGAUUCAAAAUGAAAUUCGUCUUCACAAAUUGAAGGGUUGUGAAUUCGCGCUGUUGAGGGGGAUGUUUGUGAUCCCUUUCAGCAACUGUGGAAGCUUGUCUUGUAUAAGAGCAAGUCUGGUAUCCAUGUUUCUAACAACAAAGCGAAGAAAAAAAAAUUUUUUUUUCUCUCCAACGAAUCUGCCUAACACACAACGGCAUUUUCUGCGGCACAUUAUCCAAGAAUUUCCCGCCGCAUGUCGGGUGCCGUCCCUGGCUCCCCCAAACGCACUUGAACGGAAGCGACUCGAACUUGCUCCGCGUGACGUCAGACGUGACGUCGAAUGUGACGUCAGGGGGGCUUUUGUUCUCGUCUUCCAUUUUUCUGCACGUUCGUGCAGAGUCUUAAAACGGGUAUGGCUCGAGCUUCGUGUCCAGUCAUUGUAAUAAUAUAGUUACUAUUAUUGUUAUUAUUACAAUCAAACCAGAUAGAGCUAACAUAUCGUUGUCUCCUACCUUCUUCUUCAUCGUUUUUUUUUUUUUUUUUCUCGUCUUCUCCAUCUCUGUGUGUAUUUCACUGUUGUCCAAUCAGUGGUGUGAGAAAGGCCGUGAAAGCAUGAAGUGACAAAAGUGAAGUCAGAUUGGCAUCGACGGAGUUUGUUUUCGGAAACCGGAAACGAAGCUGCCUGUUGGACGUGAGACAAAGAAGCAGUACAGAAGUAGUGCCUGAAUUAGAAGGCAAUGUGCGCACAAGGUGUACGUCCAGUUUCUUCGAAACAACAUCCUGUUAUGUGGUCGUAUUUCGUAUGCAGUGUACAAAGUUGCGACGCAGUGUUUCAGUGAGUGACAUGGGAAAAAUUAUUACGAUGUCACUUUGCGCUGAAGGUUCAAAGGCGCGUCUCCGGGUGUUGGUGCGAUGGGAGAAUAAGGACAAGGAGGAGUUUAAGGCGGACCUACUUUCUUAAGAAGUCUUUGGGAAAUUUUUGUUCGCAGGGUUCUCGUAAACCUCUCUAAAUUUGUACACGAAACGGGUACGGGCGUGUUCCCCUCGAGUUUAUCUAGGGAAUGACGUAUUCUUGAAGGCCUGAUGCGAUCCACUGAUUUUUGGCGAAUUAAAGUUUGUCAAAUUUUCAAUACGUGGGAGUCUAUGGGAGAUACAAGGAAAUCGCUUCUCUCGGCAAGCCCGUCCGCGAUAUUUGGGCCAAAACGAUGUCAUUCCCUACAGUAACAGUCGGGGAAUUGAUUGCAAUCAACAAAUCCGACAAGCUUUCUGCAGUUUUCCACAUCCCUGCGAAUGAGAAUAAUGGCUUUGUCGUCUGCUAUCAGGUUGUGCAAGCUGACGGCGCUUACGUCACUGCGUGAGUCCGCCUUAAAGGCCUACUAUAAAUGCAGUAGAGAUGCAACCUAAAAAAAUCUAUUAGAUAGUCUGAGUCCUCUGUGCGUUUACGUCCCAAUUUUCGUGCUGCACUCGUAGUGUUUUUAUUUUUUUUAACAACAUUACAGGAGAAGAUUACGAGCAAAGCUGUGUCGAAGUUGUCACCAAAUGCGCAUUGCUUGUCAAUUACAGCGGCAAAACUACAUUGAAUGUGCAUAACACUGGGUCUAAAACGAAAAACGUCGGCUACGUAUAACCACUAGGGAGCAGCAAAUCAGUUGGGAACAUAGAUAACUGUUGGGGACUAUCUCACACCAGUCAUCGCGCCGACCCGCUUUAACCACAAUUUUGCUGGCGAGUUAAAACGAUUAAGCGUCCUCUGUGACAUGUACGACUUUUAAAAUGGGGUUCCCCAUCGGCUAUCCAAAACGUAAGUGCUCCGGUCACUGAAUAACGUCCCUUAUAUAUAUAUAAAAAAAAAAAGAAACGGCAUCGAGGAUUGAGAACCUGUUGGUAAGGUAGCAAAAACGCAGCACCAUUAAUCUCUCCAUUAGGCAGUUUUUAUCGUGACUUUGCAGGUUUUCUUUUCUUUUUCGCAUUUUUUCUACGGCUAAGGUUGUUUAUCUGAAAUGACUAAGUGACAACUGCCGUUUCAUCCACUUUCACUGUCUCACAAACAUUGACGAGCGCUUUCUAGAUUUCCGGCAACGAACCCUGGUUGCGUGCAUUUUUACGAUGCCUUGUGCUUUCACAGUCGUAUAAAAGAAGGAAAUUUUGCGGACUAUUUUCAUGCACUAGCGUGGAACGUCUCGAACAGAAUUUGCUAUUCAUCCCCACAUAUCAGCGUGUUUUUGUCAUUCAUAAAGACGUCUCAUUAGUGGCCCCAUUUGGAGUACCUUUCUGUACAUUUCCUUCUUUUUGUGCGUUCACCACAUCGCCAUAUAGACAGCGGUUCUGUCGCUCUCACGACCUACUAGAUUAUAACGACCGACAUGUCAUAGGCCCCCCUUCCCAGCGCCGCAUUUUUGGAAAGUAGCGGCGGUGCUACUCAUCGUCCCAGUUAUUGCUUCCUCAACUUCUACAAUACAUAUUUUGUACUUCAACUUACGUUAGUAUUUCUGUGCGAGCGGUGGACAUUCCGCAGAUGUUUCAUUAUGAGGUUGAUUAUCAUCAUCAUUCUACGCGUUUUCAUAGGAGAUAUUGCUGUCGUCUGCUACGGUAGUCGUACAUACGCUUCUGCGCGUUCAGAAUUCAAAUUUCCAUCGUCCAAUCAUGGUUCAGAUCUCGCGUGCCGAUGAGUAGCGCUCCUAGCGGAUCGUGCGGACGGGCUCCUCAUAGGGGUUGCUGAUUAUGACAUGUUCGUUAUAAUCUAGUAGGUCGUGGGCUUGCCCUACCGCAUAUUAGUGGGUUGCCAGACGAACGUCACGCACGUUUCGAGAUUCCGAAACCUUUUCAGUGGAAAAGUGGUGAUUAUGAGAAAUGAUUAACAAUCAGGCCAUCAUACUGUAAGAAUAUUUUCGUAAUUGCUCUGGACAGCUAAGGAAUGCAGAGAGUAACGUUAUUGGUAUGCGUUAUAAAAAAGAUAUAGCUGGAACCUGCCGUAAAAGCAUCUUCUCCCGCAGGCGUAGCGGGUUAUUCCUAAGGUCCGCUGCUUUUCGCCUAGUGCCGGUAAAUGAUGAUGGCGUCCCGCACGUUAUCAUAGAUUUUCGCACUAAUCGGAUAACAUGCUGGGAUAAACGAAGGAAAAACAACUGGCAGCAAGAAAAACAGCGCCUCAUUAUCAUCUCAUUUCCCUUUUCGCAUAAUCAUGCAAAUUCGAUGAAACCUCGAAUCACGAGAACGCGGCGCGUAAAAAGUCGUCUACCGAUAACACUGUCGUCAGUUGUAAAACCACUCUUAUCGGUACGUUAGACGUUUCCUGGGGUGAUUUGUCAAGCUUAUGUUUUAUUUCACCACAAGCAAAACACAUUUACGUCUACUUGCAUAAAUAGUUUGGCUUGUUUACGUUCAAAAACGGGUUCAGAGUGAACGUAUUGACGGUGAUAAGAUCCCAUUUGAUAAAAAGAAAAAGAAAAAAAGCGAUUCCGAAAUAGAUAAAAAGACACGGUUCCCAAGGUUUGUUAAUCUUGGCAGGUUAGAGGCGGAGAUUACCAUGAACUUCUUUCAAACGGUAUAGCUGGAUAUAGACGGGUAACAAGGUGAGGUAGGAACGGCGCCUUAGUAAUACCCCUGUCAUGCGGACACUUUCGAUCCGCAUUGAGCCAAUGCUCAUCGAGCUCAAUGCAGAUCCGGCGCUGCUACACGGACACGUUCGGGUAGGAUCGAACUCCGGUCCUGCUUAACCCGGUCCAGUUUGUUAAACGGCAUUGAGAUUCUCGAGACGUGUCGAAGACCGUCAUUGGCAUCCUCGAACUCAGCAAAUUUGUUGUAGUCAACAAAGACAUUACAUUAAUUUGCAAAUGUUCCUAUACAAUUCCCAUGGAAUUUCACGGUUACGGUUUUAUAAUCUAGGUAUGACGGGCGACUGAGUUUGCUAAUUUGUUUAAUCUCGACCAUUCUCGACACCGCGCCCUCUAUAAAGGCUUAGUGGACACCACAUUGCGGAAGCACAUGAGGUUAUUGUCGACUUUUUAGGAACAUAUCGGUCAGUCCCAAGGUACUGCCUCGGGGCUGUUAACGCCGCCUACCGUCAAGCCAACCUUUCAAUACGCAUUGAGUUGGAUCAUGUAGUAGCAUCGCGCACCGAAUGCUCUUGAGAAACUCGAUGCGGAUCGGAUUCAAUCCGCAUUGAAAAUGCCGUGUAAGAGACGCUACGAACAAAACCUUCAAAAUUGUCGAGCGCACCCUGACAUCCUUCGACACUCUGUGACGCUUCUAUUUUGUUCAGUGUUUUUGUUUUUUCGUGCAUUGAGUUUUUCGCACUCGCGUCUGGGCAUGUGUGCCUCACAAAGUGUAUAGAUUUGUAUAGUUUACCCUUUUUUUUUUACCUCGCCCUCCUUUCCCUUCAUUUGUUUUCCCAUGUGAUGACAGCCCUAUAACUAACGCGUUGCGUUCUGGAGUAUAACCAGUUCCGAGUAGUUUGGGACUGACAUUUUUUUCUUUCUAUUACCAAUCAAUCUUACAGAGCAUUCUUCACGUAUUGUGAUUCACAGACAGCAAUUUACUGACGUGUUCCUGCACGAUGAGGAAUGCGGCUCGAUUACUAGGAGCAAUAGGCUGUAAUAUGCCAAAAUAUGCAGCGGCACAUUCAAGUUUAUUGUCCCAUAUAGUCCCAUUCGAAGUACUUACUACAAUAUACUUCGAUAAGAGGUACUGAAAUGAUCGUCAUUGCCUGUUGUUUUUGGUAUGAGUCCGAACAGCAAAAUGUAGAACACGUUUAUGGUCAAUUGCUUGAACCAAAAGAAAAAAAAAAGGAAAAGAAAUAAAGAUGGAGGGAGGACUAAUAAUUUUCCGUUAUUCUCACGGAUUAAUACGGGUAAAUAUUGCAAAUAAAUGUUUCUUGCCGUCUGCCGAUUACUUCACUGGGAGACAUAUAACGCUGAAAAUCCUGAACAACGAAGGAAAGAGAGAAACAGACGGUUUGUCUUUUCUGUGUUUUUUUUAACACGCGGAUGAAUACGUUGCCGCUAUAAUGGAGUAAAGGUAACGUUAUACAAACACUGAUAAAAGCUUAUACAGACAUUACAAGCUUACAAAAAGCAAACGUACAUAAAAACAUCCAGCUGUCCAAAAGUCGGUGCCGACAAAAUGCCGUUUAUCGGAUUAUGAUUGAAAAUAUGAUGAGAUAGCAGAGGAGGACAGAAUAUAGGCAUGUUUGUCUGUGAACGGUUCGUGAUCACGUGCAUUGUUUUCCUAAACGUAUACAUUUGUAUUGAUGCAAACCAGAUAUACUGAUACGCCAUCAACGUAUCCUAUAUCUACUAUUAUCGUGCAAUAAUAGUCGCGUUAUAUCUACAAAAAGACAUCGCAUAUCGAAGUGAACUAUUCGCGUAUACCCGCAUGCUCAGCGAGUGUUUCAUCCAAGAAUAUUUUCAUGUUCCACCCGUUCCUAUGUAUGAGAAAUCUGUGUGUGUGUGUGUAACUCCUCUGUACAGCUUUCCCAGUAAGAAUAUCACCGUUUUUAUUUACAUUAUAUAACUUUCGUAGGAGAGGUAAUAAAACUGUUCUGCAACACUGAA